CCUCUCCCUCGUGCUGCUCUCCCCCGUGCUGCUUUCCACCGUGCUCCUCUUCCUUGUGCUGCUCUCCACCGUGCUCCUCUUGCUCGUGCUCCUCUUCCUCGUGCUGCUUUCCCUCGUGCUGCCCUCUCCCCCGUGCUCCUCGUGCUGCCCUCCCCCCGGUGCUUCUCGUGCUGUUCUCCUCGUGCUGCUCUCCCCCGUGCGCGUGCUGCCCUCUCCCCCGUGCUGCCCUCUCCCCCGUGCUCCUCGUGCUUCUCUACCACGUGCUGCCCCCUUCCCGGUGCUCCUCGUGCUGCUCUCCCACGUGCUCCUCGUGCUGCUCUCUCCCCCGUGCUCCUCGUGCUGCCCUCUCCCCCGUGCUCCUCGUGCUUCUCUCCCACGUGCUGCCCUCUUUCCGGUGCUCCUCGUGCUGCUCUCUCCCCGGUGCUCCUCGUGCUGCCCUCUCCCCCGUGCUCCUCGUGCUGCUCUCCCGUGGAUUUGGGGAGACCAUGGGCAGCGGAGGCUCCGCGCUCGGCACGCGCUCCAUUUACCUGGACCUGGACGGGCGCGUGCAGCAGGUGGUGUUCGGGUCUCGCUGCUCCACUGCACACCUCAAUGACCUCGUCUGCGACUCAGCAGGAAUCAACCGGUGCACCCCUAUCUCUCUCAUUGACUCAAAUGGAGCCACUGUUUCCUUGGAUCCCGGCAUGCCUUACAACACCCACAGCACUCCGUACAAGAUCAUUCAAGUAGGAACACCGCAACUCUCACAGAGGGACACCAUUCUAAGAGACUGUCUCUCCCAGAUGGCAGAGCAGAUUGCCAGCGCGUUCCGUAUUCAGGAGCAGAGAACGGAGUUCUCCAGUCGAAUUGCCAUGCUAGAGAAACGCCUCGACGCUGAGGGCCUGAAGCUCGUGGAAAUUGACAAAUGCAAAAACGACAUCCGAGCCCUCAAGGACAAGAUGAUGAACUGCCCCGACAGGAAAUGUAAUAGUAACCUCACCAGGAGUCUCAGCGUCCACUCAAACGACACACGUGGUGGUGCUCAUUACUCGGCUAACAGAAACUCACCCCGAUCAAUGUCUAACCCCACGCUGACCAUGGCUUGCUUGGAUUACAAACCUAGAACUCCGAGGAGAGAUGUGCCUGCCUACCCCAAGUACAUGCUGUCGCAGGAGACCAUUCAUGCACUCAAGCAGCCAACAUUCGACGUGUGGCAAUGGGAGCAUAACGAGAUGCUGAGCUGCCUGGAGCACAUGUUCCAUGACCUGGGCCUCGUUUCUGAGUUCAACAUCAACCCCAUCACCCUCAAGCGAUGGCUGCUUGCAGUGCAAGAGAACUACCGGAACAACCCCUUCCACAACUUCCGCCACUGCUUCUGUGUCACUCAAAUGAUGUACGGCGUCAUCCACCAUUGCAACCUGCAGGAAAUCUUCACUGCGAUGGAUUUAGGGAUCCUCAUGAUUGCGGCCGCAUGUCACGACCUGGACCACCCUGGAUACAACAACGCGUACCAGGUGAACGCCCGCACAGAGCUGGCCGUGCGCUAUAACGACGUCUCGCCGCUUGAAAACCACCACGCGGCCGUGGCCUUCCACAUUCUGUCCACGCCCGAGACCAACAUCCUCUCUGGUGUCACGCACCAUGCCUUUACACAUAUCCGCCAGGGAGUGAUUGAGCUGAUUCUGUCCACGGACAUGGCACGACAUGGGGAGAUCCUCGCCUCCUUCAGGGAAUACCUCAAGGACUUCGACUUCGGCAACCCGGAACACAUGAAAGUCCUGAAGAUGAUGCUCAUUAAGUGCUGUGACAUCUCUAACGAGGUUCGGCCCAUGGAGGUUUCUGAGCCAUGGCUUGACUGCCUCCUGGAGGAGUACUUCAUGCAGAGUGACCGUGAGAAGCAGGAGGGCCUCCCGUUCGCCGCGUUCAUGGACCGCGACACGGUCACCAAGCCGUCGGCCCAGAUCGGCUUCCUGUCAUUUGUCCUCAUUCCCUUGUUCGAAGCUGUGAGCCAGCUCUUCCCACAGAUGGAAGAGACAAUGGUGCAUCCUCUGCGCGAGUCCCGUGAUCACUAUCAGGAGCUCAGCGUCCUCCAGGAGACCCUGAGCAAGAAGAAGUCAGCGGACAAGGUCCCCGAAGGGGAUGAUGCCAAGUGAGGGGCUCAUAAUGGCCACGUCCGAACAAUGAGCCCUCACCUCUGAUCUCAGGAUAUGGGGCUAAUUGUGUAUGUUACCUCGUUUCCAUCACUAAUGUGAACCUGGCUGUGCUGGCCCAGACACAGCACCAGGGCCUGGGUCCAUGCCCCCAUGCUUCAUGAGCCAUGAGGUUCCUUGGGCUUGCCCCCUCCCCUAUGUCCCAACCAACUCCUUCACCUCUGCACAGAGCAUGCAGUUUAAAAUUGUCCCCCAGUGAUUUUAAGACUUUUCACCAUUUGGCGUUGUAAUUCCAUUCAAGAAUCGACAGCAUGACCAAUUCCAGCAUCAGUCUGGCUAUAAGCAUAGACAAAGGGUUGCUAAGAGAACCAGGGGGCUCAAUUUCCAUGGGAUCAGUUCGGCCAGGUUGGACUGCCAUGGGAACACAGGCUAAUGGGCCCAGCCCAGUGCAUGCACAGACCCAACACAGUUCCCACUGGCCGUGGAAAUGAGGCAUCCAUCGUGGGGUUUCUAAUGUCUGCGUUGAGGAACUCAUGCAGCACUGCCAUGGACCUGAGUUCAAUAUUUGUGACUGGGUGUCUUUCCUAACGAGACUCUUAAUAAUCACCGUUGGGCACUGAGCCAGAAAUAUCUGAGAGCCUUGGCUCAAGCUCCAAGUCACCCCUCAUGGUAAAUGCAUAUUUGUGCACAUGGAGAGCCCCAUUUAUACUUGGCCACCUAAGGCUGCACAGCAAUUUUACUCUGCCCUGAUGUUUUUAUUAUAUUCAGCUGUGAUGACGAAAAUGAAAACGUGCACGAUCAUACUGUGCGCGUGGGCUACACUAGGGUGGUAAUUAUGGACAGAUUUGUUUUAUUCUGAACAAGCUUGAUUAGAACCACUGUUAACAGGAAAGUACCACUCAGUACCUGUGCAAGGCUGUGUGUGCUACACGAGGGGGAUUUGAGGGUAAUCAUUGGCAGGCUUCAUAAACACAUUUGUUCAGAGUAACUGGCAACUUGUAAGAGAAUGGCAAAGAGUGAUAAUUUCCUUAAACCAAUAUGAAAUGGUGUGGAAAAUAAUAUUGAAGAUUGAUGGUGACAAUUACUCUAAAAUUACCCUCGUCUAUGUACAAAUCCAUUAAACUCUCUUCCAAUUGAAAGCACUUUCAGUGGCUGUGUAAAAAGGCAUUGGUAACCAUUAUUCAUUUAAAUUAAGUAUCUUUUCACCAAAUGGGAGCCUUUUAAUAUUGACGUUGUGGGGUAGUUUUUUUUUUAAACUACCCAUGUACGUGCUUGUAAAUGUCCGUGACUUUGGAUCAUUGUGAAUAAUGGAGUUGAUGCAUACAUGUAAACACAUGCAUAUUCAUAUGCACCAACAUUUACACACGUACAGUACUUGCAUCCACCGACGUGUGUACGCAUUGACAAGACACGUCAAGAAAGAAGCAUUCAAAUAUCCUUUCAUACAUACACAUGCAUUAAUAGUUGUAUUCACAGCAAAUCAAUAAAUAGGUGUUGGGGAGAGGUGGAAAUCUAGCUUCUGAUUUAGUCUUCACUCAGCAGAAGUCGGGGACUGCCCACACUCCCAACAACAUUGGACAGGCAAGAACCACUUAAUUAUAAAUAUUUUGCAUAUUCCACCACGAACUCUCCUCCCACGAACCACCAAAUUAACCAACACGAGCUAACUAACCCCAACCUAUCACCACCCAGCUCCCACCAAGCUCACACGAACUCCCACGAAUCAACUAACUCGACUAACACAACCACCUUGAGCAUCAACCUCCAUGCCUCACCGGCCUCGCUCGUCCCAGCACCCCCCCCCCCAGUCCCCACCCC